AUGGAAGCAGACGAGGUCACAGAAGAGCCUCAAACCACCAUGGAUGCAGAGGAACACCCCUCUUCAAAGGACCCCUCUGCCAAGGACUCACAGGAGCCCCCUGAGCCCCACAUCUCUGAAUCUCAUAGGACACCAUCUGCUUCCCAGACCCCCUUAGAGCCCCACACCUCUGAAUCUCAUAUGACACCAUCUGCUUCCCAGGCCCCUUUAGAGAUCCACACCUCUGAAACCCUUUUGGAGCCUUCCAUCCCUGAGACCUCUUUAGGAUACUCUGUCUCUGAGAUCCCUUUGGAAACCACUAUCCCUGAGACCCUAUUGGAGACUCACAUGUUUAAGGUCCCAGAGAAACACCUUUCUUUUCAUACCUCAUCACAAGGCCGUAUCACUGUACCUUCCUCUAAUACUCUGAAGGAAGACCUCUCUGAGUAUUCCUCCAGUGAGGUCUCACAGACAGGGAGGUCUACCCAGAUCUCUGAGUCUGAGAUCCUUCUAAAGCACUCCCUUUCAGGCCCUUCAGCCCAGGUCCACCUGGACACAUCUGCAAAGGAGAAGGAAGAGGAAGGAGAGGACAAGGAGCAGGUGGAUGCCACUGACAGUACCGCACACACAGCUCAGCCUGGACACCAGCUGGGUUAUGCAGUUCAACCAGAGGUCCCCACUCAGCAGACAGAGAAGGUGGAAGUGGCUAAGGCAAUGCACAGAAAGAAGUUCAGUGCUCAGGCAAAUUAUCUUUUCCAAUGGGAGAAGAAUGCAACCCUGAAUGCCAUCCAGACAGGUCUCCAUAUUGGCUGGCGCUGCCCCCAUUAUCUAUGGGACUGUUUCCAAAUUGGAGAUGAAUCCAAAUGCUUUUGUGGACACUUAUUGAGAGAGCACCAGAUCGUCUCAGACAUAUCUGUGCCCUGCAAUGUGGGCCAGUGCCGCUGCCUCAUGUUCUGCUUUAUCCCAUCACGCCCAGAGGAGGUGGGUGAGUUCUGGCUUAAAAGACGAGCUACCUUUGACCCUAAGGCCUGGAGGGCCCAAUGUCGCUGCAAACACAGCCAUGAAGACCAUGCAGCUACUGGGUCCCAUUCCUGCAGGGUGAAAGGCUGUUGCUGCAACUGCUUUGAGUCUAAUUUCCUCUGUGCGGCCUGUGACCGGCGCUGGGAGGAACAUGAGACUUUCUUUGAGACUGAGGAGACCCGGCGACGAGGAGGGAGGCCUCACGGGACAGACACUGUCAACACCUGGCGCAAGCCUCUCUGAGCCUGGCUCGAAUCAGCAAUAAAGAAAGGGGAAGCCACUGGAA